AUGCAUUCUCACAAACGGCAAAAAACCGAUAGCGAAGCGGAGAAGGUGGCGGAGGCGGCCGAAGAGAGUCUCAAGCAGCAUCCUCACGCGAGCCAAAAUACACCCAUGAAAGUGCACGAUGAAGGUGAGUUUGCUGGUUUAAAGAGACAUGGCACCACGGCAGAGCAAGCCCAGAAAUUGGAAUCUGGUUCCACUAAUCCUUUUUCCGGGGCCAAGUUCUCGCAAAAGUACUUUGAUAUACUUGAGGUGCGCCGGAAUCUUCCGGUGCAUGCGCAGCGAGACCAAUUCCUCGAGAUUUUCCAUUCCACACAAAUCAUGGUUUUCGUUGGUGAGACCGGAUCUGGUAAAACCACCCAAAUACCUCAAUUCGUCUUGUACGACGAAAUGCCCCAUCUUGUGGGGUCCCAGGUGGCGUGUACACAGCCGCGGAGAGUGGCAGCGAUGUCGGUUGCAAAGAGAGUUGCCGACGAAAUGGAUGUAGAAUUGGGCCAAGAGGUUGGUUAUAGUAUUCGUUUUGAGAACAAGACAUCUCCCAAGACAAUUCUCAAGUAUAUGACUGAUGGUAUGUUGCUUCGUGAGGCCAUGGAAGACCACGACUUGAGUCGGUACUCGUGUAUCAUUUUGGAUGAGGCCCACGAAAGAACAUUGGCUACUGAUAUUCUCAUGGGAUUGAUCAAACAAGUGAGUGUCCGUCGCCCAGAUUUGAAAAUUAUCAUCAUGUCGGCCACAUUAGACGCCGAAAAGUUCCAAACAUACUUCAACGAUGCUCCAUUGUUGGCUGUACCUGGUCGUACUCAUCCCGUCGAAAUUUACUAUACGCCCGAGUUCCAGCGGGACUACCUCGAUGCAGCUAUUCGAACGGUUUUGCAGAUUCAUGCCACGGAAGACGACGGAGACAUUCUUCUCUUCCUUACAGGAGAAGAAGAAAUCGAAGACGCUUGUCGUAGAAUAGCCUUGGAGGGUGAUGAACUCGUUCGUGAACAAAACUGUGGCCCUCUCAAAGUAUAUCCAUUGUACGGUUCACUUCCACCACACCAGCAGCAAAAGAUCUUUGAGCCAGCACCUGAAAAACUCACCCCCAAUGGCCGUGCUGGAAGAAAAGUCAUUGUUUCUACCAAUAUCGCCGAGACUUCGUUGACUAUCGACGGUAUCGUUUAUGUGGUGGAUCCAGGAUUUUCCAAGCAGAAAGUGUACAAUCCUCGUAUAAGAGUGGAAUCCUUGUUAGUAUCUCCAAUUUCUAAAGCUUCAGCCCAGCAACGUGCCGGACGUGCUGGACGUACUCGUCCCGGAAAAUGUUUCCGUUUAUACACCGAAGAAGCGUUUCAAAAAGAGCUUGUUGAGCAGUCAUAUCCCGAGAUUUUGCGCAGUAAUUUGGCGUCGACAGUGUUGGAAUUGAAAAAAUUGGGAAUCGACGAUUUGGUACAUUUUGACUUUAUGGAUCCUCCGGCGCCGGAAACCAUGAUGAGAGCAUUGGAGGAGUUGAAUUACUUGCAGUGUCUUUCUGACGAAGGAGAUUUGACGGCAUUGGGACGGUUAGCGUCGCAGUUUCCCUUGGACCCCAUGCUUGCUGUGAUGUUAAUUGGAUCCCCAGCGUUCAAAUGUUCGGAGGAAAUACUCACCAUCGUUGCGUUAUUAUCUGUUCCCAAUGUAUUUGUGCGGCCCGCUUCCGCCAGAAAACGAGCCGAUGAGGCCAAAAUGGCAUUUGCUCAUCCUGACGGAGACCAUCUUACAUUGUUGAAUGUUUAUGAUGGGUUCAAUUCUGACGAAGCCCACUCGGUAGGGUUGCAUCAAUGGUGUCGCGACAACUUUUUGUCGUAUCGUUCAUUGUCUUCUGGGCAAAAUGUCCGGUCCCAAUUGCGCCGAAUCAUGGUUUCUCACGACUUGGAGUUGAUUUCUCCUGGAGAGAGCCGCAAUUACCACAAUUAUGUCCGCAAAGCAUUGGCGGCUGGAUUUUUCAUGCAAGCAGCUAAAAAGCGCAGUGGUAGCAAAGGAUACAUUACUGUCAAAGAUAACCAAGAUGUGUUGAUCCACCCAUCCACAGUGUUGGCGGUGGAGCCUGAAUGGGUGAUAUACAACGAAUUUGUGCUCACCUCCAAGAAUUAUAUUCGUACAGUGACCACAGUGAAUCCCGAAUGGCUUGUGGAAUUUGCACCCAAGUAUUUCGACUUGAAGCACUUUACCAAUGGAGACGUCAAGUUGUCACUUGAGCGUGUAGUGGACAAGGUGAAAAGUGACAAGAAGAGAAAAAAGAGGAGUGGAUAA